CAGCAGCAACAACAAAGAGUUUACCAUCGACAACCACAAAGAUCUUUUGCUGCGCCCAUAUCAGCAAUCACUCAUGUCCCAUCCGCAACAGUUCGUCAAAUUCCAAUCGUCUCACUACAAUCCAUAUCAAAUUACUUUGCAAGUAACUCGAAUGCUAGUCAAGCUGGCAUUCAGGGGAGUAUUCAAACUAAUCAGACUGCCAUGGUUUCUGGAACUGCUAGAGAUAUUAUUCAUAAUAAUGAAGACAUCCGUAAAAGUCGAAGCGAAAGAUCGGCAAUGCAGUCGGUUAGCAAUUUGAUUGAUCAUAAUUUGACAUUUCAGGAAGACACAGGAUUAGUAACGGAAAUGUCAACCGACGUAACGUCAACGUUACAGGCUUUUACAACUACGACGACUGCAACUGCAAAUGAAACGAUGACGGAACAUUGUGGAAAAUUGCGGAAAAAUAAAAACGUUUCGGAUGAAUUGAGAGCGGAUGAAGAGACUGGAGAAAGUAUGGAAGAAGAUGAGGAAAGGCCAUAUAGUGAAGAGGGCGCAGCUAGCAAUUGUAACAAAGUCUCUAAAAUAUCUUAUCCGACUACGCUUACAACAAUCGCAACAUCUUCGCCCACCGCGUCUUCAAGCUCACGGCGUUCUCUGACAACAAUAUCGCUGUAUGAUAUAAUCCAACAAGACCUCCCUUCUCAUCAAACUGCCACUCAAGAUGCUACUACCAUUAUUGCUCAACAUUCUAGUUCACAUUCUAAUCAUGCUCACAACGAGCAUUCGAUAUUCUCUCUUUACAGUUGCGAUGUAAAUGGGUGUGGUGGGAGAUUUAACAAUCGAAGCGAGCUAGGUAAUCAUACUCGUCUUGUACAUCCGCAUUUAGAUGUUAUUUUGAAUAAUAGUAUUAAUGCAGCACUGACUUCUGGGGAAAACGCAAUGGGUGAUGGUUUUUGGAAGUGUAGUUGA